GGAGAAGGAAACAGCUUGUUAUUUGGGCAGAGUCGUGCUGAUUGAUAGUUUUUGGUGCUUUCUAAAACGCUCUGGGGACGUUUUAAGUUCUUUCCUAGUAUUUAUACUUCUUUGGAUACUGGAUUGCUGAUGUAGUUAUUAGUUUAGUGAUCGAUAUGGGGAGAGAGAUGAGAUGACAGUUGUCAAUAACUUGCUAUGAUUCUGUAUUUCUAAAAAGACACAUCUUGGAAAUGAAUGAAACUGUGGAAAUAAUUGAGAAGCAGAAGUCGAGCUUUGAAGACCGGCAUCUAUAUGAUGAAUCUGUGUCUGGCAUGAUAGAGUUUCUCAGCAUUGAUGUGGAUCUGAGCUCCAGCACAUCAGACAGAGAGGAAGCAUUAUGCUCUAAAAAUGUGAUGCGAAAGCAGCGGAACUGGGAGAGGAGACUGGAGGCAAAAAAGAGCAAGAGAAAAGAAGAAAAACAGAGAAGGAAACGGAACCAGCAAGAUAAAGAUGGUGUGUCUCAGUUCAGUAAACGUGUGAUCAAGGCCAUCACAAGAGAGCGUCUGGAGGAGGCGAGAACAGCUGGACCAAGACUGUGUGUGGAUCUGAGCAUGAGCGACUGCAUGUCACACAAAGAAAUCAGUCGUCUCGCCAGUCAAAUCAGACGUCUCUAUGGGUCCAAUAAAAAAGCCAUGCAGCCAUUUCACCUCUUCCUCACAGACAUGAAAGAAGACAGUCUGCUUUAUAAAGAGUGCAUCAGAAUGAAUGAAGGCUUCCUGAACUACUUGAUAGAUGUCACUGAGGAGAGUUGGAUCGAUCUUUUUCCUUGUGAGGACGUAAUUUAUUUAACUCCAGAUGCGAGUGAAGCUUUAGAGGAAGUAAACGGAGACAAGGUCUACAUUCUUGGAGGUCUGGUAGAUGAGAGCAUUCAAAAGAAACGGACCUACACCAGGGCAAAAGAGCUCGGCGUGCGGAUGGCGAGGCUGCCCAUUGAUGAGUACAUGAUGAAAAGACUCAACCCCAAGAAUUUUCACUCAAAAAUCCUAGCCAUCAACCAAGUAUUUGAAAUCCUGCUGUUUUAUCGUGACACUGGAAGCUGGAGCAAAGCCCUUAGUGCUGGAUUUCCCACAGGAAAAGGAUAUAUCGUGUCUUCUGAAACAGAGUCGGAUUUAUGAUGAAGAACAUCAUCCCGUGUACCAGCACAACAACCUCAGGAUGCUAAUUUAGACAGAAAUCUCACAGGCCUUGGAGAGAGAAUUGAGAAAACAUUCUGCACUGAUCUGGCGGUUUUCAUGUGAAUUUAAAAUAUUAAAUAAUUCUCAGCACUGAUCAAAUGUUAAAGCACUGAUCAGAUUAAGAUACUAACACAGUUGUGACUGCUGUUCUGUGAACACUACUGUCGACAUUAAAGUGCAUAUCACGGGUAAAUUCAGGAGCAAGAUCAAUGUAAUUCUCCUAUUUUAUAUUAAACUUUGGUCAAAUAUCUGGAAUAUUCUGCAUUCUCUGCAAUUUUUUUUACCUUGUGCAGUACCAGAAAAAUUCAGUUGAAAUCAAUCCAUUUGAGGCGAAUUGGUCCGCCUCUGAAAACACUUGGCAUUUGGAUUUCCCAGGAAACAUUGAUUUUCGUGACAUCGUGUGCAGGACGCCUUCCUCUGAAUCCUACGUCAGCGCUGGUUUGUUUAUGAGAAAACGACCUGGUGGUUUUCUACAAAUUUCUUCGACGUUAUCACGUAAUUAUUAAAAUGGUUAACAGAUGUAUCGUAGGAGGGUGUAGCAACACCAAUCAUGAUGGGAUUAGUACUCAUCGUUUCCCAAAAGACCGGACAAUGAGAGAGAAAUGGGAGCGCUUGGUCUACACAGGCUGCGCACUGAAACCGUGCAAAGUUCUCACAGCCUGCUGGCGCUCCCGCAGGUAAUGUCACGAAUCUGGCUCCAGACUCCCUUGGGAUUUUUCCAGACGUGUUUUGUUAUUUUAUUUUUUUCUGCUGUAGACAGAUGGCCUUGUGCAAAAGUACCCUUCUGGAUGAGUGUGUAAAGGGACAUACUUUCAUAUAAAAAAAAAUCACAAAAUUGGUCCAGAAUAUGCACUUUAAGCAUGACAUCCUUUUUUUUUUUUUUUUUUUACAUUUCUGUCUUUAACACUCAUUUUAAUUAAUUUAGGCGAUGGAAUAAAACUUUUAUUCAGUUACUCAAAUUAGUUUGAACUGCAGCUCCUCACCAAGAUGUAAUCUAUUUUUAAUGAU